UGGCUGGAGCCCCUCCUCGGGAAAAGAGACUGCUGACCCUAGGGAUUGCCUCAAUGCAGCAUCCUCGUGGGAGCUACCUCUUGAACACCCUGCAGUCCGUGUUCCAAGCUUCCUCAGAAAGUGAGCUGGAGUAUAUCGUGGUGCUGGUCCACCUGUCAGGUCCUGACCCUGAGUGGCUCAGCAAAACAGCUGCCAAUAUUUCAGGUCUCUUCGCAUCACAGAUUGGGGCAGGGAAGCUGCUGGUGAUCCACGGUGGCUCUCCUCUCCCAGGAGAUCUGAGUGACGUUAAUCACUCAUCACCCUGUGAAGCCCUCUAUUCCAGGCAGAAAGUAGAUCAUGCCCUCCUCAUGAACUUUGCCAGCAACCUCUCUGAUUACUUUCUACUGUUGGAAGAUCAUAUUCAUUGCACCCCUAAAUUUGUUGCUGCCAUCUCUUUGGCAUUAUCAGCCUGGAAAGAACUACCUUGGGUGAUCCUGGAGUUCGCCCACCUGAGCAUCUCUGGGAGAGUUUUCCACACCAGUGACCUCUCCCGCCUGACAGCUUUCUUCCUCCUCUUCCAGAAGGACACUCCUAUUCACUUGCUUCUGUCUGAAUUUCGUCUUCUCUUGGCCCAGACUGUUCCUAUUCAUUUCAGUCCCUCUGUCUUCCACCACACAGCUGAUUAUUCUGUGUUUGGCGACAUAUGCUUUCCCGUGGAGAAGGAUAAGGUCUUUGGUGAACCAGACAACCCUGCUGCUACUGUCCUCACUGACAUGGUAUCAAUAUUGUCUGUGAUUCCACAAUACGCUUAUAUACUGAACGAGGAGGGCUACUCUACCUUAGAUCCUUUAAAAGGAAACUACUUGACAGUGAUUCUGGACAGGCCACAAAGAGUCACCCGGAUAGCGGUGCUAACAGGCUCUGACAAAGAAGGGAGGUACCAACUGCAGCAGGGGCAAGUGGAACUGGGCUAUGAUCCCCAGGAGGAGCCCAAAGGCUGCACUCGCUAUGCCCUGCUAGGGCCACUGGUGGGAGGGAAUUUGGACCAGAUAGUAUUUUCUGAAAAAGAGUCUGUGGAAGAAUUGAGUUGUAUCCGACUGCUGGUGUUGGCAUCUCAAGAGUCUUGGCUCCUGAUCAGGCAGAUCAAAGUCUGGACUGAGACUGAGGAAGAAGAGAAAUAGAGGGCACAGUGGGGAUUCUGAAAGAACUGCCUUUGAGAAUGGAAUCUAUGUGGUUGGGAAGAAAUAAAUUUACACACCAAUCAAGGGCUGCUCAUUCUUAA